GCUCCAGUCUGGACACCUUUCUCCUCCCCACCAAGGGACUCUGGGGAAGCGGCCCCCCUGGUGAGAGGGGAUGGGUCCAGAUGAUGCCCCGCCCCCUGCAUUAGCUGUCAAAAAAAAAGCCAAUGUUAUUUGGUAAGUGUAGUGUAGUGUAUCCACAGCCCUGGUCCCUGUGCCUCGAUUUUCCCAUAGAGGCACUGCCCACCCCACCAGGCAAAGAACCCAGGACUCAGGGCUCCUGUUCACUCCCCUGCAAGGGCACGGGCGAAUCAGGCCCAGGAUCGGGGCCAGGAUCAGGGCGGGGAAGCCGGGGCAGAGGUCGGGAGGGCGGGCACAGUGAGGCGCCAGCACCGCCUUGGCCCCAUGGAGCUGCCCCACAGCCCCGUUGUGGCCUAGCCGGCCCCAUGGGGGAUGCCCCAAGUGGGCCAGGAAUGGGGGGAUCUCCUCACCCGGCCCUCACGGCCGAGGCCCUGCUACAGGCCAGCCUGGCCCAGGCCCAGUUCUGUGUGCUGGACCUCCAGAACGCCAUGGAGGUAUCCCAGCAGCCCCUGCACCUGGGCCCCCCAGCCAGCAUGGAAGAGGAAGAUGAGGCGGAAGAGGAGGAUGAGGAUGAGAAUAAGGAGGAGGAAGGCAGCUCGGGCAUGGAGGAGCAGGAGGAGGAGGAGCUGGAGCAGCUCUUCCACACCAACCCACUCUUCCACGCACCCCACAUGGGUACCAGCCCCAGCCAACAGGCAGGGUGGGGAGUGCCCGCCUACCGCCCUCACCCCCCAGAGGACCCAGCGCAGGGCCUGGCAGACGCCCCACAAGUGGGUGGGGCAUGGGGGCAAGGGGAGGAGCUCCCAGCAGGACCCCCCAAGGAUUCUGUGCAGGAGCUGCAGGUGGACGCCAGCCCUGGGACCCCCACAGGCCACAGGGAGGCAGGCCUCCCAGACCCACAGGCUGCGCGGCUGAUAAACCCCUCCAGGCUCUGGGGGGUGCUGGCCCCACAGAUGGAGCAGCCCCCCAGCUCCCCAGCACCUGGCCUGCCCUCCGGCGCGGCCCCCAGUACGGCACAGGAGGGGAGCGCGCAGCCGCAGGUGGCAGGAAGCCGACAGGGGGAAGUGGCAGCACCAGGCCCCAGCGCACCGGCAGCCAUGGAGGAGGCUGAGGAGCCCCCACCAGAUCCUCCAGCACAGCCCCCCAUGGAGAAAGAGGACAAGGAAGAGGAGAUGGAAGAUGGGGGGCAGCUCAGCUUUUCUGCUCCCACCACGGGGGGUACCACGGUGGCCAACGGGGAGGCACUGGGAAUGACAGAGGCACGGGCGGCAGCAAGGAGCCUGGCGGCUCGGCUCUAUCACCUGGAUGGCUUCAAGAGGUCCCAGGUGGCCUCAUACCUGCGGAAGAACACCGCGUUCAGCCAGGCCGUGGCCGAGGAGUACGUGGCCUUUUUCCACUUCUCAGGGCAGAGCCUGGACCAGGCGCUCAGGACAUUCCUCAGCGCCUUUGUGCUGACAGGCGAGACACAGGAGCGGGAACGAAUCCUGCGGCAUUUCUCCAGCCACUUCCACCAGGCCAACCCCCAUGCCUUCCCCUCGCCAGAUGCUGUGCACACGCUGACCUGCGCUCUCAUGCUGCUCAACACGGACCUCCAUGGACCGAACCUGGGCCGCAGCAUGACCUGCAACCAGUUCGUGGCCAACCUGGACGGGCUGAUGGACAACAGGCAGAACUUUCCCAAGGAGCAGCUCAAGGCCCUGUACCACUCCAUCCGCAACCAGAAGCUCGAGUGGGCAGUGCAUGCAGACUUCCCACCUUGUCCUGGAGACCUCUCCACAGCUCACAGGCAGCUACACCAGGGUAGGCCUUCCCGCAGCGUGGGCUUGAGCCAUGGCCUUUCCUUUGCAGCACCGUGGGGCAGGCGGGGCUGGAAAACCUUCUAUACCAUCCUCAAGGGCAACCAGCUGUACUUUCUCAAGGCCGAGAAUGAGACGGAGGGGCAGGGGGCUGAGGAGCCGCUGGGGGUGCAUCACGCCUUAGCUGAGCACGAGAGCCAGUACAGCAAGCGCCCACAUGUCUUCCGCCUACAGACGGCCGACUGGCGCAUCGUCCUCUUCCAGGCCCCGAGCGCCGAAGAAAUGAACUCGUGGGUCGCCCGCAUCAACCUGGUGGCAGCAGCGCUCUCAGCUCCCCCCUUCCCAGCGGCCGUGGGCUCCCAGCGCAAGUUUGUGCGGCCCGUGCUGCCCACGGCCCCCAGCCGUGGCUCGCUGGAGGAGCAGCUGCGGGCCCACGAGGCAUGGCUGGCCCAGGCUGUGGCUGAGCUUGGCGAGCUGCAACGGAGUCUGCCCGAGCCGCGGAGCCGGAGCAGGGGCCUGGAUGACUACCGGCUGCGCAAGGACUACCUGCUGUAUGAGCGGCGCCGGCUGGAGACCUACGUGCGGGUGCUGGAGGCGCGGCUGGAAGGGGGUGCAGUGGGGCCCGGGGGCUGGGAGGACUGGUUGGAGCCCCCCCCACCCCCUGCUGAGCUGCCUCGGGCCCAGUCCAGCCCCUCACUCGCCCGCCCCACCCCUGCCUCUGCCAAGGUCAAGCGCAACGUGUCCGAACGCCGCACCAUUCGCCGGGUCAUCGUCCCCCGGCGCCCCCGUCCCCCACUCUGACCUCUCUCCCGGACCCUCAGGGACUCCCCAGAACUCCCUGGGACUCUCCAUGACCCUCAGGGAUCCCCCAAGACCCACUGGGACACUGCAGGACCCUCCAGACCCCUCUGGGACCCCCCAGGAUCCACUGGGACACCACAGGAACCCUUGAGACCUCCAGGGACUUCCUACAGAGCCCCCGGGGCCAACUAGACGCCCCCAGAACCCACUGGGACAUCCCAGACCCCCAGGGACUAUUUAGGACCCUUUGGGACAUCCUCCAUAGACCUCCUGGGGCCCCCCUGCAGAACCUCUGGGGACAUCAGCCAGAGACCUCCCCAGGAUGCCUUGAGAUGAACCAGGACCCUCUGGGACCACCCAGACUCGCAGAAACCCCUGCUGAGCCUCCCAGGAGCCCCCAGGGCCCAGUAGAACCCCGCAGGACCCUUCCAGAACUCACUGGAACCAAGCAGGGACCCUCCCAGAUCCCCCUGAUAUCCCCCAGACCUUCAGGGAUCCCUCAGGACCUCUGCACAACCCCUCUAAAUCCCCAGGGACUCCCAGAACCCUCUUGGACAUCCCAGAGACCUCUGGGCCCCCCACAGAGCCUCCUGGGACCUCACAGACCCCCAAAGACCCCCAGGACCUUUUGGGAUCAAUUAGGACUUCCAGU